AUGGCAUCGGGAGGAGUAGGUAUUAGCUCCAUAGAUCCGGAUGUAUCUUCAACAUCUAAUACAAAAUUCACAUCCGACCGUGAAGAUGCCCAAGACUCAUCCAUUUCGGAGACCCCGGGUAAACAGCGUACCAAAAGUGAUAAGGAACGCAAAAUUGGCCAUAGGCGUGUCGGUGAGGGUGGUGAGAUCACCUAUAAAAAGAUACAGACCUCACAGAUUAUGGGUUCCAUACAAUUGGGUAUACAGCAUACGGUCGGUAGUUUAGCCUCUAAACCAAAACGUGAUCUACUUAUGAUGGACUUUUGGGAAAUCGAAAGUAUUGUCUUUCCGCCCGAAGGUUCUAGCCUUACGCCUGCCCACCACUAUAGUGAAUUUCGUUACAAAAUUUAUGCGCCGAUAGCAUUUCGUUACUUUAGAGAUUUGUUCGGCAUCCAGCCGGAUGAUUUUAUGAUGUCCAUGUGUUCGUCACCAUUGCGGGAGCUGUCGAAUCCGGGUGCAUCGGGUUCCAUAUUCUAUUUGACGCAUGACGAUGAAUUUAUCAUUAAGACGGUGCAGCACAAGGAAGGGGAAUUUUUGCAAAAAUUAUUGCCAGGUUACUACAUGAAUUUAAAUCAAAAUCCCCGUACCCUUUUGCCGAAGUUCUUCGGCCUGUACUGCCUGCAGACCAACAAUGCCAAGAACAUCCGUCUAGUGGUGAUGAACAAUCUGCUGCCUUCCUAUGUGAAAAUGCAUCUGAAAUACGAUCUGAAAGGAUCGACGUUUAAACGCAAAGCCAAUAAAGCGGAACGUGCCAAGAAAUCGCCAACAUUUAAGGAUUUAGAUUUUAUGGAACAGCAUCCGAAUGGUAUAUUCCUCGAGGCUGAAACCUAUUCGGCCUUGAUCAAGACAAUACAACGGGAUUGUACGGUACUGGAAUCAUUUAAAAUUAUGGACUAUUCCCUAUUGCUGGGUGUACACAAUUUAGAUUUGGCCUCAAAGGAAAAACAGAAGACACGAAAGCAGGCCAAAUCAUCGCAAUCCGAGGAAUCGGAUGAGGAUAAUGCUCGUGGUACAGAGACAACGUCGGAUAAUCAGGAUGAAGAAACGCAAAGCAAUAUACAACGCAAUAGUGCGGCCUAUCGCUCGAAUCGCCAACGUUUGGUAGCCCACUCCACAGCCAUGGAGAGCAUACAGGCUGAGAGUGAACCCAUUGAUGAUGAAGAAGAUAUGCCACCCGGUGGCAUCCCGGCCCGCAGUGAAAAGGGCGAACGCCUGCUGCUCUUCAUUGGCAUCAUUGAUAUUUUACAAUCGUAUCGGCUGAAAAAGAAACUGGAACAUACCUUCAAGAGUAUCAUUCAUGAUGGUGAUACUGUUUCAGUGUGUCGUCCUUCAUUUUAUGCUCAAAGAUUUCAAAAUUUCAUGGCCAAA